CCCCGGGGCGCAGCGGGCGCACGGAGCCGCCGUCCCGGGGCUCUGCCCCUCGCCGUUCGCACCCCCCGAGCAGGUGCCAGCAGCCCCCCAAGAUGGCAGAAGCCCACCAGGCCGUGGCCUUCCAGUUCACCGUCACCCCCGAGGGCUUAGAUUUCCACCUCAGCCGCGAGGCCGUCAAGCAGCUCUACCUUGCCGGCAUCUCCUCCUGGAAGAAGCGCUUCGUCCGCGCAAAGAACAGCUUCCUGACCGGCGUCUACCCCGCAUCCCCCUCCAGCUGGAUGGUGGUGGUGAUGGCCACCGCCGGCUCCUUCUACUGCCAGGUGGACCCCUCCAUGGGGCUGAUCGCCCGCAUCCGCUGCUUCCUGCCUGAGAGCCAACUCCUGAGCUACGAGAGCCGGACGGUCGUGAGCGCCGUCCUCUUCUCCACCGGCGUCUGGCUCUCGGCUGUGCUGCUCUUCCGGCAGACGAUGAGGCUGCUCCUCUCCUACCACGGGUGGAUGUUUGAGCCCCACGGCAAGAUGAGCCGCAGCACCAAGAUCUGGGUGGCGCUGAUGAAGGUGCUCUCAGGCCGCAAGCCCCUGCUCUACAGCUUCCAGACCUCGCUGCCCAAGCUGCCCGUGCCCCCUGUGGAGGCCACCAUCCGCAGGUACCUGGAGUCCGUGCGCCCGCUGAUGGACGACGAGAAGUACAGCAAGAUGGAGGCUCUGGCCAAGGAGUUCAAGGAGAAGACGGCCCCUCGGCUGCAGAAGUACCUGAUCCUCAAGUCCUGGUGGACCACCAACUACGUGAGCGACUGGUGGGAGCAGUACAUCUACCUGCGCGGCCGCAGCCCGCUCAUGGUCAACAGCAACUACUACGCCAUGGACUUCCUCUACGUGACGCCCAGCCACAUACAGGCUGCCCGGGCGGGCAACGUGGUGCAUGCCAUCCUGCUGUACCGCCGCAAGCUGGACCGCGGGGAGAUCCCGCCCAUGAUGGCUCUGGGCAUCGUGCCCAUGUGCUCCUACCAGUCAGAACGGAUGUUCAACACCACCCGCAUCCCCGGCAAGGAGACGGACACGCUGCUGCACUUGCUGGACAGCAAGCACUUGGCCGUCUACCACAAGGGCCGCUUCUACAAGGUGUGGCUGUACUACGGGGGGCAGCUGCUGAAGCCGCGGGACCUGGAGCUGCAGUUCCAGCGCAUCCUGGACGACCCCUCGCCCCCCCAGCCCGGCGAGGAGCGGCUGGCGGCCCUCACCGCCGGGGACAGGGUGCCCUGGGCAGAGGCACGGGCCCGAUUCUUCAGCCAGGGCAAGAACAAGGUGUCGCUGGACGCCAUCGAGCGGGCAGCCUUCUUCCUGACGCUGGACGAGGAGGCGCACGGCUACAGCGCAGACAGGGAGGACUGCAUGGACACCUACGCCAAGUCCCUGCUGCACGGGCAGUGCUACGACCGGUGGUUUGACAAAUCCUUCACCCUGGUCGUCUACAAGAACGGCAAGCUGGGCGCCAACGCCGAGCACUCGUGGGCCGACGCACCCAUCAUCGGGCACCUCUGGGAGUUCAUGCUGGCGACGGACAAAUUCCAGCUGGGCUACACCGAGGGGGGGCACUGCGUGGGGGACCCCGACACGCGGCUGGCACCACCCCAGCGCCUGCAGUGGGACAUCCCCCAGGAGUGCCAGGCCACCAUCGAGAGCUCGUACCGCGUGGCCAAGGCGCUGGCCGACGACGUGGACUUCUGCUGCUUCCAGUUCUCCGACUUCGGGAAGGGGCUGAUCAAGAAGUGCCGGACCAGCCCCGACGCCUUCAUCCAGAUCUCCCUGCAGCUCGCCCACUUCCGCGACAAGGGCUGCUUCUGCCUCACCUACGAGGCCUCCAUGACGCGGCUGUUCCGCGAGGGCCGGACGGAGACGGUGCGCUCCUGCACCUCCGAGUCGACUGCCUUCGUGCGGAGCAUGGGGGACGCCAGGCAGACCCGGGCCGAGCGCCAGCGGCUCUUCAAGCUGGCAGCGGAGAAGCACCAGCACAUGUACCGCAUGGCCAUGACCGGGGCCGGCAUCGACCGGCACCUCUUCUGCCUCUACGUGGUGUCCCGCUACCUGGGGGUGCAGUCCCCCUUCCUGGCACAGGUGCUGUCGGAGCCCUGGCGCCUCUCCACCAGCCAGACGCCGCAGCAGCAGCUGAAGAUGUUCGACCUGGACAAGUACCCGGACCACGUCUCCACCGGCGGCGGCUUCGGCCCGGUCGCUGACGAUGGCUACGGCGUCUCCUACAUCAUCGCCGGCGAGAACCUCAUCACCUUCCACGUCUCCAGCAAGUACUCCAGCCCCGAGACGGACUCGAAGCGUUUCGGGAGGAACAUCCGCCAGGCCAUGCUGGACAUCGCCGAGCUCUUCGACAUGCCAGCCAAGAAGGCGGGGAAGUGAGGAGGCACGGGUGGCCCCGGGUCCCCGCGGGGUCCCAGGGGACAUGGAGGAGCCGGG